AUGGACACUACAAAUCCACCUUUGGCUGGUGCUGAUGAUUUUGAUAUGUUUGCUAAUGAUGAUGAGUAUGCAGCCACUGAACCAUCUUCAGCUGAAAAUACUGCACUUAGGAAACACUGGAGAAACGUCGGCUUGGCCUUUAACUGCAUAUUUCUUCUGUUUGGAUCUGUUAUCCAACUUAUAGCUUGUGCAAGCAAUAUAUAUUACAUAAAUGAUAAUCUGGACAAGAGGACUUGGACAUACAUAUUCGGAGCAUGUUGUGCAACCACUGUCUUUAUUCCCUCAUUUCACAACUACAGAAUCUGGUCCUUUUUGGGUCUUGUUAUGACCACUUACACUGCUUGGUAUCUAACAAUUGCUGCAAUCCUUCACGGUCAGAUGGAAGGAGUUAAGCACUCGGGUCCAAAUAAAAUGGUGCUAUAUUUUACUGGGGCCAUAAACAUUCUCUACACAUUUGGGGGCCAUGCCGUUACUGUGUAAGACAAUCUCAGACAUUUAUUUAGAUUCGUGUCCUUUACGUUUUCACCCCUCAGAGUAGUACUAUAGUUGGUAGAGGUUAAUUGAUUAGUUAGUAAUUAACUAAGUCAUUAAUUAAGAUAGUACUAUUAGAACAAUAUCAAAAUAACAAUUUGGACUUAAAAGUCAUUUUGAUUGUGACUCCACCUUAACUUCUAUAGACAUAAUCUGAACAUGGAUCUAAUCACAUUACAUAUGUACUUCAUUUUAAUUCUCUCACUUUCUUUUUGAAUAUAAAUUGUAAUUCUAUUUCGCAUAUGAUGGAAAAAACAGUGACAAAAUAUUUACUGAAAAAUAUAGUAACUUUUUAACCCCAAAAU